GCGGGGCGGGGCGGCCGCCGAGCGGAGCCGCCUGGCGCGGGGGUGGCCGGGGAGCAGCGGUGCCGGAGGGACGCGCUUCGGGUGUGUGCGGAGGGUGAGCUGGAGAUGGUGGACCACCUUGCAAACACUGAGAUCAACAGCCAGCGCAUUGCUGCUGUGGAAAGUUGCUUCGGGGCUUCUGGACAGCCCUUAGCUGUGCCAGGAAGAGUCCUUUUGGGAGAAGGGAUUUUAACCAAAGAAUGCCGCAAGAAACCAAAGCCUCGCAUAUUCUUCCUGUUCAAUGACAUCCUCGUGUACGGGAGCAUAGUGAUUAACAAAAGGAAGUACAAUUCCCAGCACAUCAUUCCCCUUGAAGAUGUCACUUUGGAGACGCUGCCAGACACUUUGCAGAUGAAGAACCGCUGGAUGAUCAAAACCUCAAAGAAGUCCUUUGUGGUUUCUGCGGCCUCCCUGACGGAGCGGAAGGAGUGGAUCAGCCAUCUGGAGGAGUGCAUCAGGCACCUGCUGACAAAGACGGGCAGGCAGCCCUCCACAGAGCACGCGGCCCCCUGGAUCCCCGACAAGGCAACAGACAUCUGCAUGCGCUGCACGCAGACCAAGUUCUCCACGCUCACUCGAAGGCACCACUGCCGCAAGUGUGGCUUUGUGGUGUGCGGAGACUGCUCCAGGCAGAGGUUUUUGAUGCCCCGGCUGUCCCCCAAGCCUCUGAGGGUCUGCAACCUGUGCUACAGGCAGCUGCUGGCAGAACAGAAGAAGGAAGCAGAGGCCGACUGUCGGCAGCCGGAGCAGUACCGUUCCGCCAUCGCGGGCUACGAACCCUCCAGUGGUGAUGACAGUGACAAGUCUGAUGAUUACAAAGUUGACCAGUGGCCAGCAGACACAGAGUUUUAUAGCUCAGAAGUAUCUUGGUCAUCUUUCCAUAGCUGACCUUGUUGAGAACCGGUGGUGUUUAAAUAUUGGAAAGCCAACUUCUGGCCUCCAGUGCAUGUCCUUCUUGGUGCGUUAUGUGGAGGCCAUGCCUGGGAAGCUGGAUAUUGGCCCCCGAUUGUGCUGUCUGCGAGGGGAACAAAGGUCAGGGACUACCCCGAGUCAUUCUGAGAACGUCUCGUAUUAUGCAACAGAGCGUGACAGCUUAGGGAAGAGCACGGACUAGAGAACAGUCUUGAUCCAAAUGAAUUCACCCUUCUGUGCCUUAGUCUUCCUGCCUGCAAAAACGGAGCAAUAAUACUCUUGGGAGAGAAAGGAGGUAGCAAUCUUUGGCUGAAAUACGCUUGCCGGCUGGUGCUGAAUUCCUCCUUCAGAGGUGAUGGGACCUUCAGAUGGGGCACUGCAGAAAACUGGUGCUUUUGCUUCCCGUGAGGCAUUCUCUCUGCAGAGAACAGAGAACUUCUAGGGCUGGCACUUUUGACAAGUAUUACAUCUACUUCAGAGAUUGUCAUUGCAGCUGUGCAAACCUGCCUCUCGUCAGUGGGUGGUGAGAUAGGUAUAGACUUUGACUUCUACACCAAGGAUUCUGAACUUUGGAAACACUAAGGAAAUGGCACUGUGAAUAUGAGCCUCAUAUGAGGCUUAUCAAAGGGCUGGAGCAUUCGACUCUCUCAUGGAAAGAAAUUAUGAUAUCAGGUAUCUGUGAUAUCAGACAAGGAGGGAAGGGAUGGGAAGAGGGACAAGUAUGUUUAUACAAAGGAGAGAAGGAAGAGGUUUACUCAACUUAAGUGCAGAGCCCCAGAUCUCAAAACCAGGCAGUUUCACCACAUUACUAGAGAGCUGAUGACCUCACGCCUAUCAGGUAAAAGAGUUGCCCAGGGAAGACUUUUAACAAGCCUUAAAAAUUCCAGGAAAAUGCCCCGAAUUAAAAUCAAAGAGGUUCAGCAUUUUCACUCCCUUCCUGAAAAAAGACCUCAAGGAAUUGAACUCUCCUGUGCUCAUCUCACUUGUAUCAGUCGCACAAGUUCAAAGUUAAGGUCCUUAAUGUGUCUUCAGGAUUGGAGCCCAAGAAAAUUAAUUUGAGAUGAACUUCAAAGUUCAAAUUAAGUUUGAACAUUUGAAGAAACAUGGCUUAUUUCGAUUGUAAUGGAGCAUUGGAAUAAAUAUGCUGAAAAUUAGACAACAGCAAUUAUAUUGCAGCAGACAUUUCCACAAACUCAGUUAAUAAUUUUAGUAUAUUUUGGGAUGGUGUAUUUUAUUUUCUGGGAAAGGAACACGGCUGAGAAUUCACUGCCAAUGUUAUAAACCAUUUCCUUACCAGUUUCUGGUCUAAACAUGGCAUUGAAUGCCACGUGGCCAGACCUAGAUUUUUUAAAUUUAAGCUCAGAAUAAUCAUUCUUACUUUCUUUUGUAAACUGCCACUGUCCAAUCAAUUUGUAUUACUUGACUGUGUGGGAAUAAAGAUAUGGCCACCAGGAAGAAGCCAGAAAAAUA